CUUUCGGCUUACGGAAGUAUUCAUUACAACUGGAUUAUCGUAGUGCUUGAAUAACGGGUAGCCUUUAUUUCAGCUCUUCAAUUCCUGGAAAGAUUCAGCAGAUUUAUCCCACAGAGAUGCGAAGGCAGUUGGUUGUUACCGAACCAUAAAGCUAUUUAAAACUGUAAUGAUUGCGGGUUUGUUGUAAGGAAAGGAAAUUAUACAUAGCGACAAAUCCAAUGUCUUCAUUUACUCUUUUUGUUGUAUUUUUAAAUUCCAAUCGCGGAUCAGUAUCUACUGGAAGUGACUGUAGAUGAUGCGUCCCUCUGUUGUGGAGGAUUAACUCGGACUGGAUUUAAAAGGAAUUUGGAAGAGGGCAUCAUGGAAUGGCCAGGAGAAUUUCCUGACGACCACGCCUUUGUGGAGUUUCUAGUUCCAGGUGUUUCUAGUGAUGCAGACUUUGAACAGUUUCUAAAAGACACAGAAGAGAAACUCAGCCUCAAUGCCAGCAGCAUUGAACAACAGCUAAAGGAGCUUCAGGCCAAAAUGGGAGACUCCAGAACCGGGGAUCGUCCUGCCAGUCCCACAGAGGUCCUACAGUGGUUCAACACGAGAGCACAAAACAGCCUGAAGCCUCUUUCUGCAGACCUUUUAGACUUCUUCAGAGCUCUGAAACAUUACCUUCAAUCGGAAGAAGAGGGCAAAGAAGAAGUGACCCUUCAGCUUCUGCUGAAUCUCUCUGCCCGGUGUGGGGUCUGUUUUCCCUGUUCAUCUUCAUCUGCUAUGUCUUCCUCUCAUCACCCUCAUCUCCCUGGCUCCUCUGUCCACAUGACACACACAGUCAAAGAUGACCCUUCAUUAGAGAUCCACGUGGCAUGGGAUACUGUACGUCUUCAGCUGCGACGUUUCCUGGUGGACCGGCUGUCUUACUGCACCUCAGAACAUUCUGGUUCCACUCCAGUGUCCCCAUUGACCAUCCAUGAACGGGUCCACUGCUUACAGCAGCUGUUUUUCCUCUAUCCAGAAUGUGAAGUGCUCACAGAUUAUCAGGCCCUGAAACGGCAGUAUGUGGUGAAUAUUCUGCACUCAAGCAUGAGCUCCAGCCCAGGGGGUGAGACCGGCUUUGAUAGACUGGUGGCAGGUUUUUACAAUGCGGUCCCGCAUGUGACCCGAGCCCUUACAGAGGAACUCCAGGUCCUUUCAAGAGUAGCGGAGCCCCAAGUCGUCCUUGGCUUUUUAAACAUAGCUUACUUUGGUGCUGUUACCCAGGAGCUUGGCUCCCAGAUGGAGAGAGAACAUGAAACUGCCCAAAGAGACAACACGGCACUAAGCAGCAAGAUCAAAAAAUACUCUGCAAGGUCCAGAGCAACAGUGGCGCCGAUGGAGCUUCCCAUGAAAAGCAGGAGCUUCAGCUUGACCUCCCACCAGCUGAGGGCAUUAACCCAGCUGGCUUCAGUCCUGCUAGGCUUUGAGAGAGAAGUGAGGGAGCUGGUCGCUGACAUCAUCUUCAUAAACUGCACUGGAGACUCUCCUACUGUAAAAGAUGGAAGGAAACCCACUUCAGGCAAACUUCCUACUGCAGAGACACAGACUUUGGAGUUUGACUGGAGGUCAGCUUUUACUAGGCUGGUCCCACACAUGGAGCAUUGUGUUAAAGUGGUGUUGGACGACAUCUGUGCCAAAAAUCUUCAACAAGAAGAGGCCUUACAUUCUUCAGGACACACCUCAAUCAAGCUAAGCCUCAUCAAUGACUUCUCCGUUAGCAACGAACAUUUAAAAAAAGACUUCUUCUACAAAGUCUCAGAAAGAGACUCUCCUAAAAUGAUAGCAAAGUUCUGUGGAGCAAUUCUGACUGAGCUCGAUGCCUUACUGCCACUGGCAGUAGCCUGCAGGGACACCUCUCUCCUGGGGGUGCGAUCAAGCUUUGUGGAAGCAUGUAGCAGAGCAGCGUUUGCCAUGCUGGGACGUUUGCAGGAGAGGGCCCUGGAGGUACCGUCCUCUGCACCCCUGAAGAACUUGCCUGCUCUGCUUGCUUCCUGCAUUUAUGUGCAACAGCGUCUGGAGCAUUACAAUGUCAAGCUGAAGGAUUCCAGUACAGCUUCAGCUAGAAUACCGCUGACUCUGCUCCCAAUCCAGAGGUACCAUGAAACAGUGGAGGCCUUAAGAGAGCAGCUGACCAGCUACUGCAUCCAGGUUUGCCUCACCUGUAUUCUUCAGGAUGCAGAGAGUCAUGACUGGGCUGACCCUAAACCCUUCUAUGAGGGAGAUCGGUGUUCCUUCUCACUGCAGAUGUGGUUUUACUUCCUGUGUGGACUUCGUAGCGACCUUUGGGCAGUCCUUCCAUCGGAGUUGGCCAAGGAUGUGCUUGGAUUUGUGCUCACAGAGACUUUGCAGUUGUUGGUGCAACGAUAUGCCAGGGUCAGGGCUUCCUACAAGAGACACCUACAGAUUAGGUGUGAUAUUACAGCAGUGUUGCUCUAUGUGGAGCACCUCUUGUGGAGUGUUGCCAAGAAUCCAGAAGACAUUAUUCUUAUCAACGCUUCUUCAGAAAUGACCAUCAUUGGAGGUGGCUCAGACUGGCCGUACCAAAUCCACAGCCUGUGUGACCAACUACUGACUGUCCUCCUAGUUGUUACAGCACCAAUAACCUUUGUGCAUAGAACGUUUAUGAAGGGUGCUUCCAAGGACUCAGCACCAUGCCAGCCUGGAAGGCCUGUUGUACGAUGGCUCAAUGCUAUCAACCCUGACCUCUUCACCGAACAGAUCAUAAGAGAUGGCCUUGUGGGUGAGACAGCCUUGGCAUGCCUGUUAAAGCUUUCGACCUCUGACCCAGGAUGCAGCCCCAAGCUGCUGCUGCGAAUGCUGCUUCAUGAAGAUUGUCACCUGCCCAGAGUACUCCUGGAAAAUUCCUAUUUUUGCCAGGAAUCUGACUCAGAGAUGUCCACGGGGAAUUGCAAAGCAGGAGAUGACUUCAUAGUUGCUUUGUUCAACUUCUUCUCCUGCCUCAAUAAUGUUCCCAAAGCCUUGACUCAGGCUCUCCAGCCAUACCUGGAGGGAGCACACAUUUGGAAAUAUUUCUACACACUGGCAGAUGUCACACAGGCGACACCUGUGGUUAUUAACUGUGUUCGAGAUUUGGUGACAAAGUCCACCAACAGCAUAUUGGUACAUCUGGUUUCCAUGGUGCUGACUUGGCAGGGAGCAGAGGAAUGUAAAGCACCCCUGUUUAAAAGAAAGGUGCCAGAGAGUGUCCUGGCUAAAAUACCCAAGGACUGGAACUAUGAAGCACCUGAUGGAGGAGGGAAGGAUGCUGUGUCUAAAUCUGUCGUAUCCUUAGCAAUCCAAUCAUUAUCCUACAUUUUUACCAACCUGCCAUCGGCCGUAGCAUCAUUACCUCUCUCUGUCCGCUUCCUCUUUCAAAUGGCAGAAAAGUACCUAUCCCAGCAUGCCCGGCAGCUGCGUUCAAUGGGCCUGUUGCUCUGGGCCUUGCUGGGGUGUUUGAUCCAGGGUCUGGAGGACCAUGAUGUGCUUGAACAGACCAGUGGUCUGGAUCUGGACUGUGUUGCAAAAGACUGCCUGUCUCUGUUCAGAGAGUGCCUGCAAGCUACAAUGAGCAUCCAACAAAAGGGUAUUCCUAAACCUACAGUGCACAAAGUAUUGCAGGCUUUGGAGGAAAAGAGACCAAAGUGGAUAAACCUGCAGCUGCAGAAAGCGCGAAGGCUCUGUGCAGAGAGCAUCUUUGAGCAGGGAGCAGAGAGGGGAGCUGCUGCAGCUGAACUGACUGAGCAGAAAAUAGGCCUGAUGCUGCUGGAGGUCUGCCACAAAGCAGGUGGCUGCCUCUACCUGAGGCAGAUCUAUCACAUCAUCCAAGGCAAUGAGGAACUUCUGAUGUCCAAACUCACUGGAAGCUCGGAAUCCUCAUUUCUCACAGUGAAUUUUGAUGUCAGUCCAGAGUGUGUUGAUUCCACUGCCUCCUUCAACCCGCUCCUGCAGUACGACCAUAUUGGCAAGAAGAAGCUGGAUCAGAGCGAAGUGGUUGACUGGACGUGGGACUGGCUGAGGCUGCUGCCAGCAUACGAGGGCAUGAGUCAGGUCACCUUCAAAAGCCUUUUAACCAACAGGUGGGAUAUGCAGGAGGAUGCAGAGCUGGAAGAUGCAGAGAGAGAAAUGGUGGAAGAACUUCAGAAAUCCUUUUUUGUUUGCUGCUGCAGCAAGGGACCGAAAAAUGCCUCUGGAACUGAUGAUACACCAACAAAUCCGACCCACGGGGAAGCACAGUCAUGCAAUAAAAGUACUGUCCAAUAACAUUUCACACCGUUGGAGUUUAUAUUAUGUUGCAUUUUUUUUACAUGCUCUUGGAAUUCUCGAGUUGGUUGUUUAUGCAUCUGGGCACGCUUUCAUAUGAUCACACAUCUGUGGGAAUAUUUUGGUCUGUGUUUGUACUCUAUAUUGUGAAUUUGCACGAAUAUGCACAAAGCAUGAGGAAAAAAAGAACAGAACUAAAAAAUAAAAAAAAAUACGCAAGAGCUGGUGCCUUCCUAUGUCUUCACACACCUGAGACAAAUCUUCUGUGCCGUUCGACGCUGCAUAAGAUGCAUUUUCCUCUUUUUGGAACACAUCUGCAGAAACCAGUUCCGAGAGAAAAAAGAGUCGCGAUUUGUUUGCCAGGGACAAGAUAAGACUGUGUGAUCACUGCAGGUAGCUGAUGUGUUUUAAGACAGUGUGGGUGGAGAGAGUGGUGUCAGCAAGCUCUUUCUGCUCCCUUUAAGAAUACAUCAAAGAAUAUAGUUUGGAAGCAAAAUAUUGUCUGUUUUGAGUUUUUGAUGUGUUCCAGAAAUAUGCUGCACCAUACAUAUCAGUCAGUAUUUAGCGCAAGCAGGAAAGUAUUCAUCUGCAAUAUGAUUACUAAGUAUAUUUUUCUAAAUUUGUGUAUGCAUGUAUAUAUAUAUAUAUAAUACUACCUUACUUGAAAUCAAUGCUUAUUUUAGAUUAUUAUUUAUUAUCUUGGUCAUGGAUUGUUUAAACUGCCAACCUGUCCUGGGUGACACUGCCUUUCGCCCACUGGCUGCCGGAAAAAGGCACCCUGAAGGAUGAGUGCUAGAAAAGCUGGACUGGUCGGCAGUUUACAACAUUGUGCACACACAUUUACACCCACGGAAAAUGUGGUUUUUGGACUGUGGGAGGACGCCAGAGUACCUGGAGAGAACCCACACAUGCACAGGGAUACCGUGCAAACUCCUUGCAGAAAGACCCCAGGCCGGGAAUUGAACCCAGAACAGUCUUGCUGCAAGGCAACAGUGCUACAACUAUGCUGCAAUUAAAAAAGUUGUUUGCAAAGAAAACUUAAUGCAGUGGUUGCAAGAUCAUAAUGAACUGUGAGGGAAAACUAAGAACAAUGAAAUCUUCUUUUGAAUCUUAUGAAGUUAAAAUCGUAAAAUGCUUUUGUGUCAUUAGAAAUCCACAAUAUUUAAUGUAACUACCUGUUUUGUGGUUGGACACACAAAAAGAAGAAAAAAAAAGUCCAACUCAACUGGUACAGUAAGUGGUUUCUGCAUGAAAGCAUGGCACCUACCUCUAAUGAGUACCUGUGCACAUUUCUUUUGUUUGUUUUUGUAUCGACAAAGAGGACAGCAGCCUCUAACACUAACUGUUUCAUAAGAAUACACGAAACAACAUGAAACAGCUGUCAGCUGGUUAUUAUAUGGUUACUUUACUCUGUUCUGUGUUAUGCAACCACCCCUAGAUCUCAUGAUAGAGAAUAUGUAUGUAUUUUUGUAUGUAUGUUUUGGGAAUAAAAUGUUACACUGUGAGGAUUUUUCAUGGUACAACCAUAAA